CCUCCACUUAUCAGCUGCUGUCCUGGGUCCCAUGUUGUGCACAUCACAUCGAGGCCCAUCCAAGUUUUCCCUGCACUCUCCUGCCAAGUUGAUAUCAUAUAGCACCUGACUCUGUCUAUCCCUGUCUGAACAAGGUCUCAGAACAAGCAAUUACAAGAUGUCUGACCAACAGGAUUCUGUUCUCACCAAUGGGGUUCCUGACAUAGAAAAGAGUUCUGAGAGUUCUAGUGUGAUUGGCAUUCCUCUUGGAGAAACCAAACCGUUAGUACCAGUUGCCAAACUUCAACAGAAGGAAAUCUACUGCAGUCCCCUCGUCAACGGAGGGGUAGUAGACCAUCCACAACCAGAGUCAGAGUCAGAGUCUGAUGGAGAAGACACAGACAGUCAGGAGUCAGUUGCUGUAGAACCUGCAGUGAUAACCCCAGCAAGAAUACCUGAAGCACCAGCCAAAUUACCCAGAUCCCCUGGACAAGAGGGACCUCAAGGGGAUCCUCUCUCAGGUGCCUCGGUGCCCCUGAAGCUGUCGGAUGUGUCCCUGGCCACAGCAGAGCAGCUCUGGUGCUCCUCCAGGGACCAGGCGGUUAAGCUGAGGAUGGCUGAGACGGGUCCGGGAUCCGAGGCCCCCAUGACUAUCCACCAGAUGUUCUUAAAGACGGUGAAGAUCUAUGGAGACCUGCCUGCGGUGGCGUCCAAGAAAGAGGGGCAGUGGGUAACCCUGACCUGGAGGGAGUACUACCAGCAGUGCAGAGCGGCGGCCAAGAGCUUCCUCAAGUUGGGUCUGGAGCGUUACCAUGGCGUCGGUAUUCUGGGCUUUAACUCUCCUGAGUGGUUCAUCUCAGACAUCGGCUGUAUCCUGGCUGGGGGUUUUGCUGCAGGCAUAUACACCACCAACUCCCCCGAGGCAUGUCAGUAUGUGGCAGACAACUGUGAGGCCAACGUCCUGGUGGUGGAGAACCACAAACAGCUCAUCAAAAUCCUCCAGAUUAAGGAACAGCUUCCACACUUGAAAGCUAUUGUUCAGUACAAGGAUGAACUUCAACAGAAGCUGCCAAACCUGUACACUUGGGCUGAGUUUAUGAAGCUGGGUGAGGAGGUGUCUGAUGAACAGCUCGAUGCUGUGGUGGACAGUCAGAGGGCUAACCAGUGUUGUACGCUCAUCUACACCUCUGGAACCACAGGCAACCCCAAAGGGGUCAUGCUAAGCCAUGACAAUAUCACCUGGACUUCAAAUGCGGUCGGAGCCAUGACAAGUCUGCAACAUGGUGUGGAGUGCGUGGUGAGCUACCUGCCCCUGAGCCAUGUAGCUGCCCAGAUCAACGACAUGUGGAUCUGCAUGAGAUUUGCAGGGGCAACGUAUUUCGCAGACCCAGACGCCCUGAAGGGCUCUUUGGGGACUACUCUGAAAGAGGUGCGCCCCACAAGUUUCCUGGGAGUUCCCCGUGUGUGGGAGAAGAUGCAGGAGAAGAUGAAAGCCAUCGGAGCCAAGUCCUCUGGUAUGAAGAAAAGAGUGGCUAACUGGGCCAAAUCCAUCGGAUUGCAAGCCAGCUACAGUGCCAUGAAUGGUGAGAACCUGGUGCCCUGGGGCUUCAUGCUGGCAAACAACCUGGUGUUUAAGAAAGUUCGCUGGGCCUUGGGUCUGGACCGCUGCAAGAACUGCUUAACGGGGGCCGCACCCAUCACUAAGGAGACUCUGGAGUACUUCAUGAGCCUUAGCCUCCCGCUGUAUGAGCUGUAUGGGAUGAGUGAAAGCACCGGCCCUCACACCAUCUCCUGGGAGAAUAACUUCAAGAUCAUGAGCUGUGGAAAGGUGGUGGUUGGCUGCCAGACCAAGUUGGACAAGCCAGACGAGGAUGGGAAUGGUGAGAUCUGUUUCUGGGGGCGUCAUGUGUUCAUGGGCUACCUGAAUGAGCCAGAGAAGACUGAGGAGGCCCUGGACCAGGAGGGCUGGCUGCACUCUGGAGACCUGGGCAAGCAUGACAAGGACAACUUCCUAUUCAUCACAGGGAGGAUAAAGGAGCUGAUCAUAACAGCAGGAGGAGAGAACAUCCCACCUGUACCCAUUGAGGAUGCAGUGAAAGCAGAGAUCGCCAUCAUCAGCAACGCCAUGUUGCUCGGAGACAAGAUGAAAUUCCUCUCCAUGAUGCUCACGCUCAAAUGUAUAGUUGACGACAAUGGCGAGCCGACGGACGAGCUGACCCCAGAGGCUGUGGCGUUCUGCCAUCAGUGUGGCAUAACGGCAACCAAGGCCUCUGAGAUCAUUGCCAGUAAGGAACCAGCUAUUUAUAAGGCCAUCCAGGAGGGCAUAGAGCGUGUCAAUGCUAAGGCCACCUCCAAUGCCCAGAGGGUCCAGAAGUGGGUCAUUUUGGACAGAGAUUUCUCUAUAUCUGGGGGAGAACUGGGACCUACCAUGAAGCUAAAGAGGGGGGUUGUUGUCAAAAAGUUCCAGGAGAAAAUCAACAAGAUUUAUGGAAUGGCACAAGAAUAAUAGAGGAACUGAACAUGGACUAGAGAACACUUUAGGACUGUAGUUAUUGGACUAUUAAAUGCAUCUGUAGACAUUUGAGUGUGUCUUGUUUUCCAGUAACUAGAGAAUUAUCCCAUUGGUAUCUGCUCCAUAUCAAUAUGUAAGCUGUUUUAAUGUACAUAAGAUUUCACAGCAUUGAUAUUUGCACUUUUUUUGUAAAUAAACCUUAUAUUCAUCAUCAAAGCUAUACUGUACCCAUUUCAAGUAAAGGAAAAUGCCUCAAAACAAAAUCAUUAAUGUAAUGUUUUUUAAGUGAUUCUAUCAUUAUUUGGAUGGUAUACUGUAAUAUUUUCAUUUUAUUUUAGCCAAUUAUUUUCCAUGUACAAUAUAAUAAAUAUUAAAAUGUUUAUUUUUAUGGGUUAAAUGAACAUUAUCAAUAAAAGCAAACAAACUGUUCUGGACCCCCCCCAAAAAACGUUGGUAGUAUCUCACAUGCACCUUACUUGUUGUCCAAGGUAGUGUCUUUGUUGUUUUAUUUGAACAGCAAUUAUGAAUUUCCUCAUCAGAGGACGGUGCCUGUGAUGUGACAGCUAUUGUACAACGUCAUAGAAACCAUUUGACAAGAGGUUCUGCUGAGAUAGCUCAUGCUGAACUAGAUACGUACUGUAUGUUCUUAUAGAUUUCCUACGGAUGUCUGCUACUUGUCUUUUACAGGUGACCCCUUAAUUAUUGAAACCUCCAUCCUGAGGAAAUUAGGAAAGAGCCUAUUUGGUUGAUGGGGAACUCCCUGGACAGUGGUCUUACAAUGCUAUGUAUUACAAACUGGGAUACAUACCCCACCAUGAGAGGUGUUGUGGAAAAGUGAUAUAUUACGGUGACACUGAGUACCAGUGUGGUUGGUCCUCCUGAAGUACUGUAUCAAAACCUACUGAUGUCACCAAACUACAGGAAGCCACUGUAAAGUUUGUAAUAUGGUAACUGAAGCCAUAAGCGUGGAGGUUCCACACAAAUAGGUGUCCUUUAAAUUCUUAUAAUACUAGAAUUACCAUUGAAUUAUCCCUAGUUUUGCUACCAUGCUGUGUUGUUGUCUUAGGUCUCUCUUUAUGUAGUGUUGUGGUGUCUCUCUUGUUGUGAUGUGUGUUUCGUCCUACAUUUAAUUUUUUCAUCCCAGCAGGAGGCCUUUCGCCUUUUGGUAGGCCGUCAUUGUAAAUAAGAAUUUGUUAUUAUCUGACUUGCCUAGUUAAAUAAAGGUUCAAUAAAAUACAAUUUCAACUUA